AUGUCCCAUGUCGUUACUAGCUUUGUUACGGUAUUACUGUGCUGGGAAGACCGAGAUCUUCGUGACACUGAUGGGGCUUUGCUCCGCUCGCGGGCCGAGCACUUCCGGAGACUUGCUGUUGUCAGCGGUGGCAGGUUGUUGCGGCCCGUUGAUCCUUCUUCGAGAGGUUGGUUACGUGUAUAA